AUGGUUUACUACUUUAAAGCCAAAUUCGAUGAUGAUUUCGAUGUUAAGGAAUAUCUGAUUUAUAUGGGAAGAGAUAAAGUUGAAAAUGAUCCUCUUAUUAAACAUUCACAUCCAAAAGAUCUUUGGUUUCAUGUAGAUAAAGUAAGUUCAGCUCAUCUUUAUCUUGAACUAAGUGAUGAGCAAAGAUUAAAGAAGUUUCAGGAUUUGAUAAUACCCAGCAGUAUUUUAGAUCAAAUAGGCCAAUUAACCAAGAAUAACUCAAUCAAAGGUAAUAAGAUGCCUAAUGCUACGAUUAUUUAUACCACAGUAGAUAACUUAAUAAGUGAUGGAUCUAUGGAUAUUGGUACCGUAACUUUUUCCAAUCCUAAAUUGGUGAAAAGGAUUAAUGUAGGUAAGAAGGAUAAUAUGAUAAUUAAUAAAUUGAAUAAGACUAAAACAGAGAUAUCUACGGAUGAGUUCAUAAAUAAUCGUCAAGGAGAAAAAAUUGAAUUUGAAAGAAAGAAGAAAGAGCAUCAAAGGAUGAUUCAAAAUCAAGAAAAGGAAUUGGCUAAACAAUAUCAAAGUCAGAGGAAAGCUAAAGAUGAUCCAUAUGGUGAAUUAUUCACUGAAGAGAACAUGCAUGCAUCAAAUAAUUUGACUAUUCUGGAAAAUUAUGAAGACGAUUUUAUGUAA